UUUGAAGGGGAAAAGACAAGUUUGAGUGUAAGAAGAAACACAGUCCUUAAAGAUAUUAAAGAAGCCAAAGACAAAAAUAAAGAUUAGAUUAAGGAUGAUGUCUAGUUGUCGCAAGACAAAGCCAAAGGUCUCAGACAAGAAGAAACAAAAGAAAAGAAGAAAUGGUUUGGCUUAGUUACUAAUUGCUUUUGGCAGUACAAGCGAGGAAAGGAGUUGGAAGGGAAGACACAAAGGAUUAGGCAACUAAUUGAUGAGAGUAAAAAUUUCACUCACGUUGCACGUUCGACUGGGCCUCCGGAUAUUAAGUUCUAGUCUUCUCAAAAUUUUAUGCAUUUUGAGAAUAGAAAGUUGAAAUUCAAACAACUUAAGGAGGCAUGCAAAUUGAAAGAUGACAAGAAGUGUAUGGUUGGUUUGUAUGGGUUAGGGGGGACAGGAAAAACCAUAAUGGCAAUAGAAGUAGGUAAAGAAGUUGUAGCAUCAAAAGAUUUUGAUAAAGUUAUCUUUAGUGUUGUCUUAAAGGAUCCAAACUUGAAAAAGAUUCAAGAAAACAUUGCAAAUCAAUUAGGCUUGCCAAUAGGUGAAAAUAAUAGGUGAAUCUGAACAAGCACAAAGUUUGUGGAAGAGGAUAUUUGAAGGUGGAGAAAAUAUACUUAUAAUAUUGGAUGACAUGUGGGAAGCGCUUACACUUCAAGACAUAAGGAUUCUUCCUGGCAAUCAUGACAAGGGUUGUUGUGUUGUUUUGGUGACCACACGUCAAUGGAAAGUUUGUAGAGACAUGGGUUGCCAUGAGAUUAUUAAACUUGAGGUCUUGAAUGAAAAGGAUGCAUCUAAUCUUUUCCUAUCUUUUGCUGGCAUCAACACGGAUAGUUCUUCCAAUGAUUUUGAGGAUAUGGCUUUAGAUAUUGUGGAUGAGUGUGGAAGAUUAUCAAUCGCAAUUAUAGCAGUGGCAAAAGCAUUGAAAUUUAGGCCUAUAAAAGAUUAGGAGGAUGCUCUGGAAAGAUUGUGAAAUUAUGAGCCAAUACAUGAUGUUAAUGAAGAUUUGAAGGAGGCUUAUAAUUCUUUGAAAUUAAGCUAUGAUAAUUUCAAGAAUGAAAAAGCCAAACAACUCUUCCUCUUAUGCUCUCUCUUCCCAGAAGAUUAUGAAAUACCUAUAGAACUUUUAACUAGAAUUGCUAUAGGUUUGGGGCUUUGUGGAGAAGUUAAUGGAUACUCUAAAGCAAGAAGUCAAUUCACUCCAAUUAAAAAUGAGCUCAUAGAUUCUUGUUUAUUAUUGAAGUCUGGACAUGAAUAUGUAAAGGUGCAUGACUUAGUUCGAGAAGUUGCUCUGUGGAUUGGAAACAAACAAGUUCAGGCCAUCAUGGAUUCCAACACAACUUUAAUAGAGAAUAUCCAAUAUUCAUCGUGGAACAUAAAACACUUCCCUAGUCAUUUUCGUGGUGGUAAACUUGAAGUUCUUUUAGCUUGGAUAGAUGGAAGUGAUGAAAAACAAGUUUCAGAUGCUUUGUUUGAGGAGAGUAGAGACCUUAAAGUUUUGGUUUUAGAAAAACUAAAUUGGCUAAAAUUGCAAAUCUCAGCUCUAUCUUUGCUUCAAGCACUUUAGGCAUUAAAAAAUGUUCAAACUCUAACAAUAAAAUCAUUUGAAUUGGGAGAUAUAUCUAUUCUGGAAAGCUUGAAAAGCCUCAUUAGUCUUGAAUUGAUUGAAUGUUCAAUUAUUGAAUUUCCAAAUGAAAUUAGAGAGUUGGAAAAAUUGAGAUUGUUGGAGUUGAGGGAUUGUGAAAUUGAAAGAAAUAAUCCUUUUGAAGUGAUUGGAGGAUGUUCGCAGUUAGAAGAGUUGUAUUUUGUUAGUUAUAUUGAUCAACUUGACCAUGAAAAACUUUCUCAAAUUACAACCCUUCCAAAAUUCCAAAGGUAUCAUAUCAGGAUCUCAAGUGAUCGUGCUUAUGAAGUUGAUUUUUCAACAUCUAAAUAUUUCAAUUCAGAAAAGUUAGGAAAAAAUUUCUCUGAUAAAAUAUUUAUAUUCUUAAUAGCAGGAGCAAAAAUUUUGGAGUCAAUAGAAAAUAAUGAUAACAGAGGAUGGGCAAAUAUUGUUCCUAAUGUUGUUCCUGUAGAAGAAAAAGGCCUGAAAGAUUAUUUAACUAAGCUUUAUUUGGAAUCUUGUUUUGAGAUAAAGUGUCUGGUUUAUACAGAGCAUCUUCGAUCUACUAUAACUAUCUUUUCUAAGUUAGUUGAGCUGCAACUUCAUGAAAUGUGUAUAGGAGAAUUAUGUUGUGGCCCUUAUCCUGUUGACUCUUUGAAGCAACUAAAGAAUCUAAAAUUAAUGGGAUGCCAAAAACUAGAAGGGACAUUAUUUAGGGGAAAGCUAGAGCUGGAUAAUCUUGAGUCCAUAAACUUAGAGGAUUGUUCAAUGACAUGUCUUUUUCAUCCAUCUACAAUUCAAAGUCUUAAGCAGCUAAGGCAAUUGGAGAUUUGUGAAUGUUCUCAAUUGAACGCAUAGUAGAAGAGAUGAUAGAUGAUCAUGAUGAUACUAAGCAACAGAGCUAUGAGAAUGUUAUCUGCCCUUGCCUUGUGCUGAAGUGCAAAAAUUGAAAGAGGAAAGCAACAGUUUAUCAAGGGGUCUUCUUUGUUGUUUUUGGCCAAAAUCAAAUGCCUCAACUAUACAUCACCCUUUCUCUUCUAAUGCCCCUGAUCUCAACCACAUCCAGCUUUUUAUUCAAAAGACUUCCAGCAUUUGAAAAAUGUGACCGUCGAUGAGGCUGAAAAGAUGAAAUAUGUAUUUGGAGGAUGUGAUGCGGAUCUGAAUCAUAAUGUUGACACUACUUAUGAACUUCAUCUCCCAGCUCUGGAAAGCCUACACCUUUACAGUGUACCAAACAUGUUUGGUAUUUGCACUGAGAACUAUUAUGUGAAGGCACCACAUCUACAAGAUAUUAGUUUGAGAGAAUGUCCGCAACUUCCCUUGCAAACUAUGGAAUUUUGAGUUGAUGUGCAAACUAAACAGCAAGAUGAUCUCUUCAGGAGAAAGGAAUCGAAAGUCAGGAGUGAUCUUAAUAAACCUCAUGGAUAUUUUGUUCCACCAUUAUAUCAAUGUAAUUUGAGAAGUAUAUGGAUAGAGGGAUUUUCAGAGUUGAAGUCACUUUUUAUCCUCUCCAUUGCCUCAUCCAUGAAAUUGUUGCAACGGUUGGUAGUCAAGGAGUGCGAUGCACUGGAGCAGAUAGUAAAAGAUAAGGGGCAUCACGGUCAUGAUGAUGAUACGAUUAUCAUCAGCUCUAUGUUUCCCAACUUACGCCAUGUUGUAGCCUAUAAAUGUCGCAACUUGAAAUGCCUAUUUUCUAUGUCCACGUAUUGUAAGCUUCCAAAACUACUGGUGUUGGACAAGUCUUUGAAUGCGAGCAAGCAGUUAAAUUCCAAGAGCCGACCAUGACAGAUGUGCUUCCAAGACUAAUUGGAAUAAGACUUGCAAAUCUGCCACCACUUCAUACUAUCUGUCACGAACUUGUUCUCCAAAAUCCCAAUUUCUCUUUAACUUCAGCUAAUGACAGCAGUAAAGAACUGUAUGCUUUGGCUUCAUCAUUAUUUCGUCGGGAGAUUCUCUUGGAAGAUGAUCACUACUUCUUUUAUGAAAAACUUGUUCAGCGUUGGACUUUCGAGGCGUCGAGAAACAGGACAAAGCCAGAACAGGGCAAUAGUUCUUCAAAUCUAGCAAAUAGGGAAGAGGCAUCCCAGGAGAUUGUUGAAGACGACUCCGCAAUCCACAAGCAGUAUAGUAGUUUGCCAAAUUUGAGAGAGAUUGAAGAAGAAGGAUCUCAAAAUAUUAUCAGAGAAGACUCAGCAAGGCUAGAACAUGCAAAUGCUUCACCAAAUUUGGAAAACAGUGAAGAAGCAUCAAAGAGGAUUGCUGAAAAAGACUCCACCGCACACAAACAGAGCAGUAAUUUGCCAAAUAUGACGAAGAAUAUGAAUGCAACAACAAAUGAAAUUGUUGAAGAACAAGAACAACUUUCUAGUUCACAUACAGCGGCAACUUCCUCGUCUAAUUUGGAUAUGGAAGUUGAAGCUGUGAGAGAAGGCCUUUCAUCUGAGAAAAAUGACACAAACAAGGAGAAAAUAGAGGCAAGUGCUCAAGAAAGUCCAAAAUUAGAGGAAGCUGUAAUGUCAAAUGAAGUCCAGGAUUCAAAACUCAAAACCAUACCUGCACCAUUUGGUAGUCCUUUACAAGUUGAAUCAGCACAAGAAACAAUGGAGGAGGCAAAUGUUCUAAAAGGUCAAAGAUCAGGGGAGGCUGUGUUGGCAGAUGAAGUCAUGGAUUUAAAUCUUAGCAACAUAUCCUCGCCAUUUUCUAGUGCUUCACAAAUUGAAUCACCACAAGUUGCUAAGGAAACAAUGGAGCCAAAUGUUCGAGAAGGUUCUAAAUUAGACGAAGCCAGCAAAGCAGAUCAAAUCAUGAUUUCAGAUUUAACCAACACAGUCCCAACAAAAUCCGCUAUUCCUUCAAAAAAUAAAUCUCCACAUGUUAAUUUGGUUCACAAAGUAAGUCCAUCAACUAAUACACAAAUGAUCUCUCAAUGUGUCCCUUCAAUCUCUGCUCAUGGCAAGCCUCAAAUAGAAACUUCAACUGCUCCCUUAGAACUAGAGUGCUCACAUUCAGACCUACCAGAUAUUUCAGCAACUACUGAAUCGGCACAAGUCUGGGUUUACUGCAUUAGUUUUAGGAUGUAAAAUUUUUCUUCUUUUGAAAUUUUAUGUACUAAUGCUGAAAUAAAGUAUAGUUUGAUGUCAUCAACUCGUAUGUAUGUAUGAAUGUUAAAUACAUAAUAAAUUUAUUUUUAAUUUA